UUAGUCAGCUUCAGCUGUCACUCUGUCAGCCAGGGGGAGGGAGAGGAUGGUCGGUCAUGGUGUCAUGGUGUAGCAGUUUGGCAUUAGUGGUGGUUAGCGUCUUAGCGUUUGCGGUGGUAACAAUUGACUUUCGAAGGGCGUGGAAUUCAACAUUCAACGUACAAGUAACACGCUAGUUUGCAAGUAAUGUGUGUUGUACCAUUCCUGAAACGUAAUUCACUGAACUCUGAUUGUGACCUCCACAACUAUUGAAACAGUUUUCAGCAGACUUACUCCCAGACAACACAGUUUUGUUAAACAACAUCGUUAUGACGCUGGAAACUAUUCCAAAAGAUUUAAGAGGGUUAAGGGCAUGCUUGGUGUGUUCAUUAAUAAAAUCAUUUGAUCAGUUCGAGUAUGAAGGAUGUGAUAAUUGCGAUUUUUUGCGAAUGAAAGGAAAUCGUGAUAACGUCUAUGAUUGCACCAGUUCAAAUUUUGAUGGUAUGAUCGCAGCAAUGAGUCCUGACGACAGCUGGGUUUGUAAAUGGCAGAGGAUUAAUCGAUUCUGUAAAGGAGUCUAUGCAAUAUCCGUAUCAGGUCGGCUACCAGCUGGAAUAAUACGGGAAAUGAAGAGUCGUGGAAUUGUGUAUAGGCCAAGAGAUACAAGUCAGCGUUAGAAUGUAUAGAAUAACAUUAUUUGUUACAAUAUCAUUAAGAAGUUAAAACGAACAUGUAAUUACUGUAUGUUUUUAUAAACAAGUAUGAAUGUA